ACAGCCGCGCUCUGAAAUCACCUGUGAGUCGGCGCGCACGUCAUUCUGCAUACCCGAUGUGGGUGUACACAAGUUACUACGGACCUGUUGCACUCCAACUCUUAUCACAAACAUUUAACUCUCCUCUGCGGUGAAGCCUUUAUUGAAGUUGAAAUAGCAUACGAUAUUUAAUCUAGGAACAUUUAUCCAGGUGUCCAGAUUCAGAGCUGCAGAGCUGCAGUGUGAGUGAAGAGGGUAUCCACAGCUCAGAGAGUCAGAGGUCACAUAAAGCCUGCAGAACCAAAAAAACAACCACCAAACUGUUCACUCCCAGCAAGCCCAGCUUCCAGAACUCAAGAGAUUUUGGAGGCAGUAGCAUGAGCAGCAGUGUGGCUGACCUGCCCACCUUCUCCCCCAGCCUUUUUGCCCCCAGUGCCUUCAACUAUGCUCGGCCACGCCAGUUCAUCCAGUCUCAGCCAGCCUUUCAGGCCGACAGCUACAAUGUCGCCCAGGCUCUGCCUCAGCCCAGCGGGAACAGCAGCAAGGCCUCUCUUUCCUCUUCCAAUCUGAGCUUCCCCAUUUCCACCCCUGCAUCCUCACAGCUGACGGUGUUCCCUCGUGAUCCUCCUCCCUCCUCCGCUGCCCAGUCCAUGUCCCCUCUUGCGCCCCCAUGCGCUCCACUAUCACCCUCACCCCCAGGGCCUACGCCAGUGUCCCAGCCCCACCUGAGCCCAAGUCCUCUCCAGCUGCCUUCCUCUGCUCUGUCCUGCCCUCUCAGUCCACCCCACAUUACAAGCCUGCUCCCAUGUCUAUUCCUCAGCCUCUAUCCCCAGCUCUCUCCCCAACCCCCCCCAACCCUCUGCCCAAGCCCAGGUUUGAUGCCUCCCUGCACAUGGGACAGGGACUGUCUCUCCCUACACAGAGCCUGCCUAUGAGUCAGUUUCCCCACUCUCCACCCCCGCCCCCGGUUUCCAUGCCACAGCCCCCCUUUCCUCCUCCCUCAUGUGUGUCUCUGCCUUCUAGCUACAGAGGGACCCCAAACAUCCUUCCCAAGCCCACCCUGAAGAAGGCUCCUGUUCCUAGGUCAGGGUCCCGCAACACGGAUGAGGAUAUCCAGGGCUCCAAGGAUGCCCUGAUCCAGGAUCUGGAGAAGAAGCUGCGUACCAAAGAGGCCCGUAGGCAAAACAGCCAGAAGCUGUCCUAUGAGGAGCGCAUGGCUCGAAGGUUGCUGGGUCCAGAUAACGCUGCCUCUGUCUUUGAGAAUUCCUCUGACUCACAACCCGACCAGCCAGAAUCACCAGAGGGACGUAACACCGGAGGAAUAUGGUACCUUUUACCAACGGACGGCAAAAGCAUGGGCAAACACCACUCUGGUACUGAUGUCAACGAGGGCUCAGCCAUCCAGGAGAAGUGCUAUGCCCCACGCUUCAUCCAGGUCCCCCAGGACCUCACGGUGGAGGAGGGCAGGUUCUGUAGGAUCCACUUCAAGGUGGGGGGUCUGCCCACACCAGACGUGACCUGGUACCUGGAUGGUAAAGUCAUCCGUCCAGACGACUACCACAAGAUGCUGGUGUGUGAGAAGGGCGUGCACUCCUUCAUCAUUGAGAUCGUGACGGUGCAUCACGCCGGAGUCUACGAGUGUAUUGCCAGGAACCGUGCCGGGGAGAACCGCUUCUCCAUGAAACUGGAGGUUAUCGCCCAGGAGGUGCUUCGUCCCCCUACCUUCAUCCAAAAGAUGCUGAACUCUCGUGCCUUGGAGGGGGACACAGUGAGGUUAGAGUCUAAGGUGACUGCCUCCCCUCCACCAACGCUCUUCUGGAAGAAAGACAAAGACAUGCUACGCAUUGACCCCACCAGAAUGAGCCUGUACCAGGACAGCACAGGAAGUCAAUGCCUGCUCAUUGAGAGGCUGGUCAAAUCUGAUGCAGGCUGGUACACCCUGUCUGCCAUCAAUGAGGCCGGCAUGUCCACCUGCAAUGCCAGACUGGAUGUAGGAACACGCACCAACAAGCCUGCCCCCUACAGGCAAGCAUUUUAAAGUCCCCCUACUCCGCCAUCUCCCCAUCCUGUUUCCAGACCCCCCCCAGCACACGGCCCCCCUGUACGAGAGUGAGGAGCUUUAGACGACACUAAACCAGCAGUAUAAUAACCUGUUGUACCGCUCUGCUCCACUUUAUACUGGUCUGUCAGUCUGUCCACUGAGACUGUCAUGUUGUCUGUGCCUGGGGGAGAAAAUUAAUCAAAGUUUUGAGGAAGCAGAUAUACCCACAGUGCCUCAGUCUCAAACAGGACACCUCACCAGUCCCCGCAUUUGUCAAAUGCACUUUUAGUUUGAGCCCUUCUGUAGUUUUCUUUAGGGUGGGCUGGUCAGAUGGUUCUCAACAUCAUCCUCUAGUAUGGUGAAUCUUACCUGGCCUGAGCACAGACCUUUGUCAAAUGCUGUCUCUGUGGUUUGCUGUUCUAGUUAGAGAAUGAAUCAUGUAUUGUCUCCAGAUAACUCUUUUGAAGUUCCUUUACAAAAAGCAGCAUUUAUGACUGCAGCUUCAAGUGACUCUUUCUGGUUUUAAAAAGGUAACAUUAUUUUAAUGUAUAAAGUAUUUAUUGGACAAUUCUGAAAUGUAAAUGGUUGCCUUCACACCCAAAUGUACGACCUCUGUCUGAUUCUGACCAUAGAAAAACGUUUUGAAGUCUUAUGUAUGUGAAUGAAUGCGUAAUAAAGUUUUACAAUACA